AUGUGCCGACGGAUAGACCGACCAUCAUCUCGUCAUCUCCACUAUGCGGAUUCGCCCACAGCUUCGCAGGAGACCUCAAGGUAGGUGGCCCCCAGGUAAGUUAAAUAUUGCUUUGCAGUCUAUGUCUGCUCACUAUCCCCACUUCAACGAUGAACCUUCCGGUCGCCGCCGCGGCCGCCGAAGAGAACGCCUCCUUGGAGAACUGAUAGUAUCAACUGCGGGACAGUCCAGUUAACAGCCUGGCGCGUCCACCGUCGCGUACAUCGCCAGCAUCAGCACGGAUUUAGGGACAGCGACGCCGCCAUUAGCGACCUGCAAAUAGCCUACGUUGACCGCCCCACAGAUCAUAACAAAGCAGCUUUCCACCGUAGUCAUCGCCUUGUGCAACGGCGAGUGCGGGAGAUACAGGAGGCCUGGACAGCUCACAAGGCCGAGGAGAUCUAAGAGUACGCGGACAGCAACGAAAGGGAGAAUCUCUUCUCCGCGAUCAAGACUGUCUACGGUCCCAUUGUCAAAGGAAGCGAUCCUCUUCUUAGCGCCGAUGGAACUACCCUGCUCAAUGAGAAGACUCAAAUUCUGAAGCGAUAGGUCGAGCACUACAGAAGCGUCCUCAACCGUCCCUUCACUAGGCCCGACGCCGACAUCGCCGGUCUGCGUCAAAUGGGCACCAACGUCGACCUCGACCUCGCGCCCUCUCUACAUGAAACGACCAAGGCUGUGAAACAGCUCUUCAGCGGGAAAGCCCCCGAAUCGGGCGCGAUGCCUGCUGAAAUCUACAAGCACGGUGGUCCCCAACUCAUGGAUUACCUGACGGCGCUCCUCCAGGAGAUGUGGCGCCAGGGACUGGUCCCUUUGGAUCUCAAGGACGCCACCAUCGUCCUUCUCUACCGGCGGAAAGGAAACCGCCAACUCUGCGACAACCACCAAGACUCAACAUCGCCGUAA